ACUUCCGUCGCCUCUCUCGCACGCGAAACUCACAAUCGCGAGAUAGCACGAAGAGUGCAUUUAGUUUGCGAUUUUUGCAUGUCGAGACGACUAACUAGACUAUUUGAAGAGAUUUGCUCGCGUUUGUGGCCGCGGGUUUGCAGCUCAUUUGUAGUGUAUCGAAAAGCGCCUAUCGAAUCGUUCCUAGUAUACAUUUAGUGGAUUCUUAGUGGACUAAGUGAUGUUUGAAUCGUUCUAGUAGCUUGUAGAAUAGCGCACAGAGGAUACCGAAGGACCUCAAAGCGAGAAAAGAUUAUCUUUGCGUGUGGAACGCUUUACACCAAACGCCUCGCAAUACACAAGGGAAACAGACGAUAUUGGUGUGUCAUCGUAGAUACCGAAUAGUUAUAACUCAACAGUUUGGGGACGAAAUGGCCGUUGAAAUGAAUUUGGACAUCCAGGACUCCCACAACGACCGGGAUGACAUUGAAGCUCGUAUAGCGAAGUUCAAACAGGACCCGGACAAGAUGGACGAAAUGAACGUCUUUCUAGAUGAGGUACUGAGCGAGGCACAAAAAAGUGUUGAAGUAAAACUGCAAGAUAAAUCGGCGGAUGAGAGGCCUAGAAAUGGAAAUAAACUUCUCAGUGGAUUGAAACAACACCGAGUUGUUACCCGCACUCGAGGAAUAGUGUUAAGGAUUUUUGAGGCGAUAUGCAACUGCACUAACUCAGGUCCCCUGCCCGGUCAAAGACCUGCUGGAGCAGCCCCAGCCGCUAGUAAUGUGGCAUUACCAUCGGAGAAGUAAACAGCUAUAGUUGCGGAUAAAGUCUAAUCGUUCAAUGUAAUCUCCGAGAAGCAAAACGCAUAAAAAAGUAUUCUGUACUGUGCACUUUCAAAGCGUAUGCAAGUCGCUUUUACGCAAAAUUGUUAGAAUUAAGAUGAAACUGAAUGACUUUUGAAGUAUUUAUCUAUUGGAUAAACGUACACCUAUAUCUGUCCCUCUGGUACAAACCCAUUUGAGAAAAAUGUACACGCCUCCCUCUUAUUACCUGUCCCCUUUUUAUAAAACCUUUGGAUGAACCGUUCUGUGGCAUGUAGUACGUGCUCGAAAAGAUGAAAUUAUUUUAGCAAAGGCUACAUCAAAUUGAAUGAACUAUUUUAGUAGGUUCCAUGUUUCAUAGUGUCACGGUCGCCAUGUAAUCGCUAUAAUAAUCAGCGUACCUAAUUAUUUUUCAAAUUUUUAAUUAAAUAUACUUUUUUUCAUUUUUUUUUCUUUUUUCUUUUUGGUCUUAUGAUUAUCUUGAAAGCUAGGCUCACAGUUAAAGUCAAUAAUGUUUCAGUAUAAACAGCCCAAAGACGUUUUAUCGUCAAAGAUUAUCACUCGAUGCUAAAACUUUGUAUUU